AUGACGCAGUCACCUACACCGGAACCAUUGUCGGGAUGGAGCGACGAGGCGAAGUCGACAGUGCCGUCGGAGACGCACUACCUGUCGGACGGGACCGAGUCGUUUCGGUCUGCGGAUGACGAGUCUGUGCCGCGGGGUCGAAACAGCUUUGCCUCCAUCCCGCCUGGACGAGACUCCUUUGCCUCAAUACCACCUGGCGCUUACAAGAGCGUCGGAGGGAAGCUGUAUGACAACGCGGAAGCAGAUCAGGACGUCCCAUCUUCGGGCGACUCGGAGAUUCUCCCAUCCUCGGGAGUCGAAGAGCUACCUGAGCAGUCUACAUCACGCAGUGCAGACGAGAAAAAUGAAAGUAGUACUCACUCAGGCGUCGAUCUGCAACGAGCAGCAUCUGCGUCUUCAUCUUCUUCAAGCGGUGUCGAGAGUCGACAAGACUCAGGAGGUUUUCGUGUGGCCUCCGCCACGAGCAAGCAGGGCAGAGGGAAGAAGCGAUCAGAAAAUAAUCAGCAGCAGAACUCGUCUGGUCCGUCGUCAAAUCAGGAGAGCGUUGCUGACGACGCACCCCCCGUUCCCUAUCCUAGAAAAAGUACGGGAAAUGAGCCGAACUCCUCCUUGGAAGAGGCACGUCCUGACAGUCACACAAAUCCAGAGUUGGCUGAUGUGCCGAGCAGCGUAGAACCAAAUGGACUCAACGUUGAGGCGCAAGAAGUGGCGGCUUCGCCCGAAGAUGUUAACGUUCUUGGAGAAGUUACGGUUCGCUUACCGAGUUCGAGUGCAAGUCAGCCUCCGUCGGCAAAUGGCACAAAUUCAGGCGCUGAUAGGAAGACAAACGGCUGGAAUCCCAGCAGCAAGAUAAGCAAAAAUAGUUCCAGUCCGACACCUAGUAGUUCACCAAACUCGCAGAGUCCGCAAGACACAAUAGGUGGAACGAAUACCGGUAAAGGGCACCAGAGCGCGGCAGCGAAGCGCCGUGCCAGGAAAAACAAGAGUAAGGAUGCAGCACAGGCAGCGCGUGUUGAACAGCAAGAGCCCUCUCAAGAGGUGUUUGAGGAAAACGCAAGUCGACGCUUCGCCGGAGUAGAAGAAGACACUGGAGAUAAGGCGACUGCAGACGAUGAGAAAGGCCUGCCCGAUGGUGACCACGGGAACCAGCCACCUAGCGAAAAAACAAUACCAGCAGGUGCCAGCGCCUCGAAAUCGAGUGUCGAAGAUCCGAGGCCCGAAAGUUCAUCAUCACUAAAACCAGACAAGAAUGAGAGUAGAGACCCGCCGAAGGAAGUCGAGCACGCAGCUUCGCCAAUACCUGUAAACGAGACUCCCAAGAGUGCCAGCGUUAGCCCGAGAGCAACUUCCAGUAGUCCUCCAAGCUCUGGCAAGCGUGCGCGGAAAAAAAUGGUUGUUGGUGUAGUGACGCCGCGAACUGAAGACGAAGAAACGAAGCCAGAUAGCUCCUUGAGGAGCAAACCGAAGAUAGAACCCGGCCAGCAAGUAGAGAAGCUUACUCCAUCAUCUUCCUCCGGUGCUGCCAACGGACCGUCUUCAAGAACAGGUGACCACUUUUGGCAGAAACAACAAGCAUGGCACGACCCCAAAGGAGAGUGGGAUCGUACUGAUGUUCCCACAGCGGGGGAGGUCUUCGUCGAUGAACAGCGAAUACUAGGGGCUGGAGGAUUCGACUUCCAUUCCGAUGAUAGUGGCAGUGACAUUCUAGUGGCCAUGCCUGCUAGAAGUCACGACACCUUGGGCGAGGACGACUUUGUCGGUGAUAUCAUCCAACGGGUGAGCAGUCCGUCGGCGUGGGGCGACUCAGUUUCUCCGGGCGAGCAGAGCGUGGAGGACGCAUUGGUAGGUACGAGUGCUAGUAAAGCAGGUCCUCCAGCCGCUCCUGCUUCUGGAGGAGGUGUAAAGGGGAGCAAGGGCGCAUCGAGUCCAUCAUCAAGUCCAAAGCGAUCGCCAGUAUCGAGCGAUCCUGUAGCCGAGACAAAACCUUCUGACGAGGGCAGAAACGCACCAAUGUCGGGCACCAGCUCUGCGUCUGGUGGUAAGGGACCACUGUCGCGGACUGGUUCUGCCACCGGCGGCCCGCUGACGUGGGCACAGCGGAUCUGGAAGCAGGGCGCCGGUAAGUAUGACCGGGAGACGGAUGACAAUCCAUUGUGGUUCAAGCACCGCAACCACGUCUUCGUCUUCACGUUCUCAGGGAAACCGGUCUACACGAGGUACGGCAACGACGAGGAAGUGUCGCAAUUCGGCGUUUUGCAAGUGAUCGCAAGCAAAAUGGCGGCUUUUUUCCACGCAUCGAAUGGGAAAGACGUGCUGCGCAGUAUCACAACUGCACAGCGCCGCUUCGUCUUUCUGGAGAAAGGACCUUUGAUUCUGGUUUGCAUCACGGCGCACUUGAAUUUGGCGCACGCAGCGUUGGAGAUUCUGCUCUCAAGGGUGUAUCGCCAAUUCGUGACCAUCGUGACCAGUGAAGUCGAGCGUCAGCUGUUGCAAAGACCAAACCUUGAUAUACGGAAUCUCCUUUCGGGGACGCAGCACGUGAUCGGGAAUCUAGUACGCUGGAGCUUCAACGACAUGCUUUUACAGGUAGAGGGGGUGGAGUCGUUGCCUCUGGACCCGGCGCAUCGCAAUGUCUGUAUAGAGGCAUUGCGAUCAACACGCAUCCCAAACUUGCUCCUCGCCUUUAUCAUCGCUGGCCACCGGGUCGUCGCGCUCGUAUCGAACAAGCAAACGAAAGCGGUAAAGAUCACAGGAGUUCUACUUAGUUUCACGAUACUCACAUCAUUGACAUGAAAGAAAUGGCAUCGACAUUUCACUCGUCUCCCCGACACUGCCUCGUCUAUCACAUGUCGACUCACGUAAAGAUAAAGAACGUAAGAUGACGUAUUUCUAUUUUAUCAAUCUUUCUACCUAUAAAAAUACCACAUCAGACCUACCAAGUAGGAGACCUAGUGUGCGUGAUCAACUAUAUAUUAUCGUCGAACUCGUUACGCGGAACGGAAUCGUGGACUCCGAUUUGUUUACCAAGUAUUUCGGACCGAGCGUUCACGUAUGCAUACAUUGGUUACAUAGCGGGAACCGAUGUCUGUCAGGUACUGAAAAUUACAGCGUAGGGGAUAUCUGCAUACUCUUUGUUAAAGUACGUCUCGGCUGUCCGUGGCAUUGGAGGAUAAAAUUUUUUUUGCCAAGGCUUGUGCACGUGAUUAUGACUGUAAUUUCCUGCUGUGCAGAGUUUGCAGAGUGUGAUUGGUGUCGGCUUUCUUCAUUAUCUCGUCAUCCAUGGCACAACAACAACGUUACACAUGUGAUUAGGUUUUUUUCUCGUACGACAAUGCGGGGCAGCAAUUUAUGGAAAUUAGUAAAGGGGCGCGACGAAUCACACAGCAACUGAAAGAUACACAUGUGCUAGACGCGAUACAGGAUGCCAUGGGUGGAUGUCCGGUGCCUGUCAGAUAUACGGGUGUGAAGCGGGUUCCCUAUCUGAGCAACAGUUUUCAGGGACAGUUGGCCUGGCUCCUUGAUGAUAUUAUCCAUGGCUGUUACUACCUCGAGGUAUAAUUUCUAAUUUUUUCUCACCUUGAUGCCCAAACUUUCCUUCUGUUUCGUUAACUAUACUAAGCUUAUGCGAGCUCGUCUUUGCCUUUCUCUUUACUAGCUCCAUACGAGUGUUGAGGGUGAGCGCCGCGUCUUUGGUUCUAUUCCUCGUGCUUAACAUCCCCUUCAAGCUCAAAAAUCAUCUAUAACAGGGACAACCUUGGAGCACUUGUCUUACAUUCAUUUUCCAGGUGGAAAGUCAGGCGCGCCCUACUAUCUUUUGUGCCGUCGUGUAUUACUACUAAUAUGCUAGCUAACUAGGUAGCGUCGAUUGUGUGCUUGACUACUGGGAACAAGCAGCGCCAUCAGCCAUUUCAUACACUAUCAUGACCCAGCUGACUUGUUAGAAAUUUAGCCUGCUUCCAUCGUAUUCGUAUCAAUACAAACACCACCACAGGGGUCGCAGCAGUAUUUUACGAGUGCCGUGCGCGUUGGUUACGACCCAAAAUAUAUCUUCCGGAAUUACAGCAAGUGCCGGGAAUUGAUGACGCAUUGCUCCUUGCCAAGCCAGAUUUGCGUUGCUACCGAUAACGAGUGCUUCUAUGUUUGGUUGCAGAGUGAAUUCUGCAUGUACCUUACCGUUCCUCGAGGCAUUAGCACGUCCGUGAUCGGACAGUUUUAUCAGUGGGUGCAAGCGCAAGAGAUGUUUCUAUUCCUAGGAAACACUCCUACUUGGUAAAAUCUCGUGCUGCCUCCUUGGACGACUACGAAGCUGAUUCUCAGGGUUUAGAGUGAGCUUCGAAUACCACUAAGUUCUGAACUGGCGACCGUGUAUCUUUAAUCCUUGUUCUAUUCAUUGUCUAUAACGAUAUCAAUGACUACUUCAGCAGAUUGAAUACUAACGUAGCUGACGUUUUUUCAUCCUUGUUUCAGAAUUAGCUAGUACUUCGUGGUAGCCAUAGAAGACUCUACUAGUUCAUCAUCCUUCUAUUUGUCUGUAUCAUUUCGUAGAAGAGGGCGAUCAGUUUGAUAUUUCUUAUCCAAAGUGAAAGAAUUCCACAAUAUGUGAUAUUGUGGUUGGUUCCUUAUCUUCGAGAUUGACAAUUUAUUGGGGAUAAUCUGACUCAAUAGAAAUAGAAUUCAGUGAAAGUCGUGUAUUCAGUGAGACUGAAGAGGAACUGACUCCGCUUAACACCGUCGAACCCAUACUUCAAACUCUAUAUCUACUACCAUUCGUGCCACGUCCGCGUUGAAAUUUGUCCAGACUCACAACUCCUGCUCCCUUUACCCCUCUUUGUCACCACGUCCUGUCCGAUAGUGCUAGGACUCUACGUGCCUCCACCUCCUCCACCUGUAGCUACACUGUUGUGUAUCAACCUCAAAACUGAGGCGUCUCGAAUUCAAGGUAGUUUGGCCUGGUUGAUAGCGAUACUAAGGAAGCAUCGUCAGAUGAGCCGCAGAUCACAU